UUUGCCUACCUACUUUAACCAAUAUGAAUGCAAAAAUUCAGGAAGAUGAAAAUGUAGAAAACACUGUUUCGAAUCUAAAGAAUAAGUUUCCCAUGUUGUCAUUCGAAAAGCAAAUCUUCAUUGAUGUGUUUGAAAAAGAUGCUCUUGUAAUAAUGGCAAAAGGCCAUAAUUACAACAACAUUGUGGCUAAUUUGUUGUGGGUGCACAAGGAUCCUGGUAAUCUAGUUUUAGUUAUAAACAGUAAUGAUAACGAAGAAAAAUAUUUUACUGAAAAACUUCAGUUGACACCAGUACCCACACUUGGCAAUGAAAGAGAGCGGUCGUAUUUAGAGGGUGGAAUUCAUUUUGUAUCAACUCGUAUUUUGGUUGUGGAUUUAUUAAAAAACAGAGUGCCGAUAUCCCAUAUCACAGGCAUUGUUGUUCUAAGAGCACACACAGUCUUAGAAUCAUGUCAGGAAGCAUUUGCAUUGAGAUUGUACAGGCAGAAAAAUAAGACUGGAUUUAUUAAAGCAUUUUCUAAUUCACCUAUCUCGUUCACGUUUGGAUACCAUCAAGUUGAGAAAGUUAUGAGGGCACUUUUUGUGACAGAACUAUUCCUGUGGCCAAGGUUUCAUGGUAACAUUAUUAGAAAUUUAAAGAGUAGACAAGCUCAAGCUGAAGAACUUCACAUUCCAUUAACUACUAACAUGAGCUACAUUCAGACAUGUCUUCUUGACAUUAUGAACUACACUGUCAAACAAUUGAAGAGCAUUAACAGGUCUUUAGAUAUGAAAGAAAUCACAACCGAGAAUUGUAUAACAAAGAAAUUUCAUAAGAUCCUGCAAUCACAGCUGGAUUGUGUGUGGCAUCAACUUAGUACAAGAACAAAGGAAUACAUACAAGACCUAAAAAUUCUCAGGAGCAUGAUUAUUAACCUAAUACACGAUGACGCGGUGUCGUUUUACGCGUUAGUCAGCAAGUACCGAACUCCUGAAUACGCACAAAUAAAUUCUGGUUGGAUCCUGCUCGAGUCUGCGGAGCAGCUGUUUAAAUACGCCAAAGCACGUGUAUUUAAUAAAAAGAAUGAAUUCGAUCCGGAGCCUUCACCGAAAUGGAAGUACUUAAGCGAUUUGUUAUCUCAAGAAAUACCAGACGAAGUAAACAAAAAGAAAGACAGUAACUUGAGCAACACUAAAAUAUUAAUUCUCUGUCAAGACAAUCGGACCUGUAGCCAGCUGAACCACUUCCUCACCAUGGGGGCAAAUAGAUACCUGCUGUACACAGCUUUCAAACGUGAGAUCCCCAUAAAUGCAGUAGCGACAAAAUAUGAAGACAUAAAAAACACAGUUCCCAUAGAAACUAAAGAUAAGACAGACAAAAAGUCGGAUACAAAAGAAGGCAAAUCUACCGAUGAAGGCACACGUUUGAAUGACUCGAAAGAUGAAGAAUUGAACACAGAAGAAUCGAGAACUAAUUAUCUGUUGACGCUAACACAAACUUUAGCGCACUGCAGCAAAGAUAAUGCAACAGUUAAUGAAAGUUUAUUCGAACCCAUUUCCCAGCUGGAUAAUUUAGAUUUUACGAAAAUCGAAGUAGAAACGCCCGUAAUCUGCAUCCAAACGUUCAAAGAAAACGGUAACAAUCUCUCCUUGGAAUACACUCUGGAAGCUUUGAGACCGGAAUAUGUUAUACUGUAUCACAGCGACGUGGCAGCUGUGCGCCAGCUGGAAAUGUACGAGUGCAGAAAGAAACCGGAGGAGCCGAUCUGCAAAGUGUACUUCCUGAUACACGAUCAAACAGUUGAGGAGCAAGCCUAUCUGGCGGCAUUGAAGAGAGAAAAACAAGCAUUUGAAUUGUUGAUUCAGGCCAAAAGUGUCAUGGUAGUUCCUUCAUAUCAAGACGGAAAAACAGAUGAAUACUUCCAAUUAACAAACGAGGAAGAAGUGCAACCCACCGAUUCAAGGAAAGCAGGUCAAAAUCAAAGUAAAGAGAAACCGCUAGUGAUAGUGGACAUGAGAGAGUUUCGAUCAGACUUACCCUCGCUGUUGCACAAGAGAGGCAUUAAUAUCGAACCAGUUACGAUAGCGAUUGGUGAUUACAUACUGACUCCUGAUAUUUGCGUAGAAAGGAAAUCUAUAUCCGAUUUGAUUGGAUCAUUGAACUCUGGUCGCUUGUACACACAAUGCACACAAAUGUGCCGCAACUACAGUCGACCUAUCCUGCUUAUUGAAUUUGAUCAAAAUAAACCUUUUAAUCUUCAGGGUCAUUUCGUGGUAUCAACAGAUAUAUCUGGAGCGGAUAUACAACAAAAACUACAACUUCUGACAAUACAUUUCCCUAGGCUGAAAUUGGUAUGGUCGCCAAGUCCAUAUGCUACUGCUGAACUUUUCUAUGAAUUAAAGCAAGGCAGAAAUAAUCCCAAUAUUGCAGAAGCUAUCGCUCUCAGUGGUGAAAAUACAGCAGAUGAUAUGAACUAUGAGAGAUACAAUAUAUUGGUUCAUGAUUUCGUACAAAAACUACCUGGUGUUACAUCAAAAAACAUUAACAGAAUUAUGAACAAAGGUAUCUCACUGGACCACUUGAUAACUCUUACCAAAGAGGAAUUAUCUGAAGUCGUAGAAAACAAAAAUGAAGCCGAAACAUUGUAUUCAAUACUUCACGUCAAAGCUCGUCCCAUGGAUGCCAAAGAAGAGAAAUUCGGAAAGAAAAAGUUCACUGGAAAACUAUAUCGUAGUAAAAAAUAAUGUACAUAUUAGAUGUUAUUACAUA